GCGAGAUACGAGAAGGUUGGGGGAAGUGGGGAAGUUGAAUGAGAAUCGAAAAGAGCGCAUGCGUCUGACAAUUUUCGGCCAUAUUGUUAUGACGCAUUCAAGAUCAUAGGUCUCCGCCAGUGACGAGUCUUCUCACAGUUGACGUGGCUACUACGUACUAUCCCGUUCGCCCACUCCGGACGCAGCAUAGACGGUGACGAGGAAUACGUAACUGGUGACCUUUGUGGGCAUGGACGGAAUGGUGGAGGAGAAUGGAACAUCUGGAGGAGCUGGUUCGGGAGACCCACUUUCAAGUGCAGGCCCAGCAACGUCAGGGUCGACUCCUCACGUCGUCGCUGUCACUAGCAUUGUGCAGCUCACGCUUCCGGCGCAAGCUCCCUCAGCACAGGUUCAAUCUGUGAUACAACCUAACCAACAAUCAGUUAUACAAACGGCUUCUAAUAUACAAUCAGUACAGUUACCAAAAGGAAAUGUUAUUCUUGUCAGUAAACCAAAUUCAGUGAUACACACCACUCAGGCAACUUUGCAGACCCUACAGAUCAAACCUGAACCAAACACAUUGAUGAGCACUCAAGGCCAAUCAUGCAGUGAUGAAAGCUGUAGUGAUGAUGAGGGUCCAAAAAGAAAAUACAGAGAAAUGCUGACUAGACGCCCAUCUUACAGAAAAAUAUUAAAUGACCUUGGAGGAGCUGAAAUAGCUGAAAAUCGCAUGGGAACUAAACCAGGAUGUGAGAAUGAAGUGUCGCUGUCAUCUCCUUUGUCUUUUGCACCAGUUAUUCCAGCGGGAGCGUUACAAACAGAGGGUGGUCUUCACACACUAGCUGUGUCAGGGGCAGGUAGUGGAGGCGCCAUCGUUCAGUACGCUACAAAUCAAGAAGCACAAUUUUAUGUGCCGGGUCCUAUGCUAGAAGAUCAAACGCGUAAACGCGAAUUACGAUUGUUGAAGAAUAGAGAAGCAGCGCGAGAAUGUCGACGUAAGAAAAAGGAAUACAUCAAAUGCCUCGAGAAUAGAGUAGCCGUACUCGAAAAUCAGAACAAGGCACUAAUAGAGGAACUAAAAUCUCUUAAAGAACUGUAUUGUCAGCAAAAAACAGAAUGAGGCCCAGCCGGCUAACCGGGUGUGCCAGUGCCCCUCCGGUGAGAACCUUAAAGCAUUCACCACCUACAGAUGUGCUCAUGAGCUACUUUCGAAAUAGUUCUAUAGGUUUGCUCGAUUCUGUAUUGCGAUCAUCACUUUAGACUGAGGUGCUCUUGGUUUGAGAUGACAAAUUAGCUAGAUAGUCUAAGACUUCUACAUGAGAUCAAUUAAAACUGGGUUAUCGUGAAGUAUUGUUAGUUUAUUUGAUAUAACGU